CCGCAUAGGGCGCAUUGCUUCUCGAAGCCGCGGGCAGGACCUGAGUGAAACGGCUUCGUGGCGAAGACGUGUGCGUGCUGCGGUCGCCGCCGCCGUCGCCGCCGCAGCAGCAGCAGCAGCAGCAGCAGCAGCAGCAGCAGUAUCUUGGUGCCUACAGUGCAGUGAAGUGGCGUGUGUGCGUGUGCAGUGCCGCAGCAGAGAGAGGACUCCGCACGGCAGUGAAGAAGCGUGGCCGCGCGCGUGUGUGAGUGCGUGCGGGGCCCAUGUUUCGGCGGCCACCCUUCGCUGAUCAGUGUGUUGACGCGGGCGACGGCGGCGGCGGUGGCUGAGCCAUGACCGUGAGCUACCAGUACGAUGUGGCCUCCACUUCGCAUGGGGGCUUCAUCCGGCUCCUGUUCAAAUGGAAAGGCAGCGUCUGGAAGCUCGUCUACACCGAGCUCUUGCUGCUUACGCUUGCCUACGGAUUCCUGUCGCUGUUGUACCGACAGGCGCUCAACGAGCCUCAGAAGAGGGUGUUCGAGCUGGUGGUGUACUACUGCUCGACCUUCAUGGAGAUGAUCCCGCUGUCGUUCAUGCUGGGCUUCUACGUCACCUUCACGGCGACGCGAUGGUGGAACCAGUACAUGGCGAUCCCUUGGCCCGACAGGGUGAUGAAUGUGGUGAUGAUGUACGUGCCGGGCCAGGACGAGAGCAGCCGUAUGCUGAGGCGCACGCUGAUGCGCUACCUCAACCUGAGUCUCAUCCUGGUGCUGCGGUCUAUCAGCAAGGCCGUCAAACGCCGCUUCCCCACAAAGGACCACCUCAUCGAAGCCGGAUUCAUGACCAAACUGGAGAUGGAACUGUGGCAGUCGAUUCCGUCGACCGAGUUCAACACCUUCUGGGUGCCUUGCACAUGGUUCAUCAACCUGCUCAGGGAGGCACGAAACGAAUGUCGCAUCACGGACGCCCAGGGAGUCAAGCUCAUAAUGGAGGAGUUCAACGACUUCCGGUCAAAGUGCGGCCUUCUGUGGAGUUACGACUGGAUAAGCAUUCCCCUUGUCUACACCCAGGUGGUGACAUUGGCGACGUACUCGUUCUUUGGUGCGGCGCUGUUCGGCCGGCAGUACAUACACAGCCCGGACCCGAUCAUCGACAAUCGCCACCAUUUCGACUUCUACGUGCCCGUCUUCACCGUCAUCCAGUACUUCCUCUACAUGGGGCUGCUCAAGGUUGCUGAGCAGCUCAUCAAUCCAUUUGGAGACGAUGACGAAGACUUCGAGCUUAACUGGAUAAUCGACAGACAUUUCAAGGUGUCGUAUCUAGGCGUGGACACGCUAGACGGGCCGGCACUCCCACUAGUCAAGGACUCGUACUUCCACAUGACCGACUACCAGCUGCCCUACACUGCUGCCUCGGUCAGCUACAAGAAGAAGACCUACCGCGGAUCCGUAGCCUACAUGCACGUUCCCCACGAGCAGCGAGAGAUGGUGGUGCCCGAGGUCUCCGAGGAAGACGACGAGGACUCGCCCAGCAACGAGGGCAAUGACGAGGAGGACCCGGGCGGCCCGCUCAGCAAGCGCAGCUCGUCGUCGCUGUGGACGCUGCUGAAUCGCCGCUCGAGCAGCAGCGGCUCGCUGCACCAGCAGCAGCGCGACGCCGAGGCCGGUCUACUGCAGCAUCCACCGGGGGAAUCCCCGCUGCACGUGUACUUUAAGGGCCCCGACGGAGACGCCAUGGAGUCCGGGCAGCAGGACGUGAAACAGAAACACCUGUUGCAUCCGCCUGAGGAGCGUCGGCGAGUAGGACGCUUGGGCAGUGAGCCGAGUACAGCGUCAGGCCAGAAGUCGUUCCUGCGCGAUUUCUUCCACGCUAAGCCCGCAAUGCGUGUGCAGGCUUGGACCGGCGCGGAUGGCGACUACUACGGCAGCCCGCCGAAGCGACCCCGCAAGCCUCGAACCAAGGUGUCCUUUUCGGCGGACACGUCCAGCAGGCCACGCUUCGAAAAGCGCCAUCGCAGCCGGUCUACGUCGGACCUGGUAGCCAUCUUGGAGACAGCGCGUAAAGAAGCACUGCUGUCAAGCCUCGCGUCUAUGAAAGCUGCCAUGCCAAGGCGAAAGUCGCUGGAAAGUAGCCAGGCCGAUCCAAAACUGUUGGACGUGCUGAGACGAAAUAAGAGCCUUCCCGAGCUGAACAUCUCCGACGCGGCCUACGAACCACUGCUGACACCUGCAACACCACCUGCGCCGACGAAGCCUGUCCGAACAAGAACGUCGUUAACACCGCAGUCUUCCUUGGUACCUAAGGUCUCGCAGAUCUUGCCGCUCAAGCUGGCACCCAGGCCUCCAGCGCUAACGUUAAGAAAGCUGACUACACCGCAAAAGCUACCCGAGACACCCAAACCGGCUCCACCAACUGACAAAGCAGUCCAAGCAGCGCCGACUCCGACAGUGGUGCUUUCUCCGCCGCCCGAACCGACGCCACCUCCGACGCCAGCCGUUGUUUCUGAGGAUGUUCAUACGACCCCAACGCUAACGGAAACAGCUCAGACACCAGGACCAGCGCUCUCAGAACGUCCUGCUGCGAUUUCUACAACGGUGCCUGAAAAAGCACCCCCUCGUCCCGAGACUCAGGAGGAAACGGCUUCGCCUGUAGAAUUUACUUUGAGAAGGCCUCGAGUUCAUUUGCCACGGCUUGUCGUCCCGGGACCUCGACGCGGUCUGCGGCUCAGUGCUCUGACAAAGGAGGACGAAGGCUCGGACGGUCAGGGCAAAAGCGAGCCCGUGGCUACAUCUUCAGAAUCCUCAGGGAAACCUUCAGCGUCCAUUACUGCCCAUACGAAACCGCGACUACGCGUGCGUGUGGUGCCUGAACCAGAAGUCAUUCCACUCGAACCGACAGAGGAGGCCGGAUCCCAACAGGAGAGCGCAGACAAGGAAAUGCUGCCCCCUGGAUCAUCCCCUGAGCCUCUCCCAGAGCCACCUCCCAGCUUACAGCCGGAGCCUCCGGACCAGCGCGGGCCCGCGCGUCAAAGGGAAGAACAAACGUCGGAGCAAAGCCCUGGGGAACCAGUCGCCGACGACAAGACUGAGUUCGUAGUCAUGAUUCAGGAGAAAAGCCGCGACCGACCCAAGCAGCUCAUCAUCCUGCCGGGCCCGCCCGACCGGGCUGGAUCGGUGGAUAGCCUUUUAGGCGACACUCGGCCAAAGGGUCCUAAGAGGCGCAGUUCCCUGGACAGCCCCCGCACUUCUCUGGACGUGCGAUCGUCCUUACUGACGCCACAGCCCAGGCAGCCCGUAACCCAGGUGCGUGCGCCCACGAGCAGUGAUCGUGUUCGAAACAAUGCCCUCCGCUUUUGUUGUUACUGUAUGUCACCCUGGCGAAAACAUGAACAGGUCAUACUGUGA